AUGGCAAACUUUCAAAACCACAACAAUUUGAAGGUCCUGGUAUCCACCCCUACUGUAACAGGACCAACACCUACUAGGGUGUUAACGACUUGCCUUGAGCAGUAUGGGGUUUCGGAGUCGGCACCCGAAACGAACCGCCGCAUGGAGGUGCUGCGCCUGUUGCAGCAACUUUUUAGGCGGUGGAUCCUCCAAUUAUCCAUCCUGCAAAAUAUGCCACGCAGCGCAGCGGAAAAAGUGGGUGGAAAAGUAUACGCGUUCGGGUCACUUCAACUUCGGGUGCAUGACAAGAACGCGGACGUGGACGCCCUGUGCGUGGCCCCGCGACACGUGAGCAGGGAGGCGUUCUUCACGUCUUUUCUGAGAGUCUUGUCGAGACAACCUCAGGUCAAAGACUUGCAAGCAGUACAAAGUGCCUUUGUACCGCUGAUCAAGCUCAAGAUCGACGGGGUUGAAGUCGACCUUCUCUUUGCCAGAUUGGCAUUGAGGGAAGUGCCAGAAAAUCUUGAGCUACGCGACAACCUGUUGCUAAAGAACUUGGACGCGAGAUGCGUCCGAUCCUUAAAUGGCUGUCGCGUAGGUGACGAAUUGCUGCGGCUUGUGCCCAAUGUUGGGACGUUCAGGACGACACUCCGGGCGAUCAAGCUGUGGGCUAAACGGCGCGGGGUCUACAGCAACAUCCUGGGGUACCUGGGCGGUGUGUCGUGGGCGAUCCUGGUGGCCCGCACGUGCCAACUGAAUCCUAACGCGUCGCCAGAAACAUUGGUGCACGAGUUCUUCGUAUUAUUCAGCCAGUGGAGGUGGCCAGAGCCAGUGCUGCUGAAACAGGCUGAAUCAGAAGACCUAGGGUUACCUGUGUGGGAUCCUAAAAGGAACAGGUUGGAUGGACACCACCUGAUGCCGAUCCUCACCCCGGCGUACCCACAGGCAAACUCAGCGUUUAAUGUCAGCGCAACCACAUUGAAAAUUAUAACGGAGCAACUUACAAUUGGACUAACAGUUACAGAGGCAACAAGGGCGGGAAAAUGUGGUUGGGAGCGACUGUUUGAAGCUCCCAACUUUUUCUCGCAAUACACGCACUUCCUCGUUUUGAUCGCCUCCUCUGCAACAGCCGAUGACCAGCUCCAGUGGUGCGGGCUUGUCGAGAGCAAGAUACGACAUCUUAUUAUGGCCCUAGAAAAGAAGCCUUACAUAACAAUAGCGCAUGUGAAUCCAAAACGCUACAGCUCCGUGCCGCUGAACACAAUCAAUGGGCAGCCCCUCGCCUCGCUACCUGGCUCUCCAACGCCAGCAGAUCCUAUGGCAGGCAUUAGAAGAGAUAGAAACGCGCGGCACGUUCGACGCGAGGAGCUGCACCAGUACUUGCCUGGCUCGCUGCUGGAGCGGGAGCGCUCGGCUGCAGGGGUGCGCCGCAGAGCGCUGGACCCCGCGCCCGCGCCCCCACCAUAUAAGAAGCCCAAGCGCCUCUCCCACAGCAGCUCUGACGCAACGAGCGUGUCCUACAGCGAGGACUCCAACUCUUCGAGCAUAACUUGA